CCUAGGUAUAUCAAAGCAAGACUCAUUUGACAGCUCAGCAUGCGCCUUGUGUGCUCCCACAAGAGACGCCAUUGAGCUUCUUCUUGAAGGCAUUCUGCAUCCCUUCAAGUAUUCCCAGGAGGAAGCAAGUCCUUUGAGGAGCCCCAUCAGUGGCACACCAUGAAAAGCUGCAUCCAUCUGCUAGCUCGAGGGGCAUUCGCUUUGCACUCUGGUUGUGGCUCCAGCCGACCAGGUUUUCGAGCUCCAUGUUUACGAGCUGGUUACGACCAGAGUUGGUUGGGUGCAGCGCUGGCAUGGAGUGGUAUAAAAGCCCACUGUUAUUCUACUGGGGCUGGGCUUCUGGAUGAUACGUCCAUGCAGUUCAAAGAGAGCGUCCGCAAGUUUGCCCAAGAGAACAUUGCGCCGCUGGCUGCCCAGAUCGACCACAACAACUCGUUCCCAAAGGACGUCAACUUGUGGAGAAAGAUGGGCGAGUUUGACCUGCACGGAAUUACAGUCCCAGAAGAGUACGGUGGUAUGGGUCUGGGCUACUUGGAGCACUGUAUAGCUAUGGAGGAGCUCAGUCGGGCGAGCGGCUCGGUGGCUCUCUCGUACGGAGCCCAUAGCAACCUGUGCAUAAACCAGAUUGUGCGGAACGGAAACGAGGAGCAGAAACAAAAGUAUCUUCCAAAGUUGGUGAAGGGAGAGCACGUCGGUGCGUUGGCCAUGAGCGAGCCGAACUCGGGGUCGGAUGUCGUCAGCAUGCGCUGCCGGGCGGACAAGACGGACGGGGGCUACGUCCUCAACGGAAACAAAAUGUGGUGCACGAACGGGCCCGUAGCCAACACUCUCGUGGUGUACGCCAAAACGGACACGGCAAAAGGUCCGCACGGGAUCACGGCGUUCAUCAUCGAGAAGGGAAUGCAAGGAUUUCGGACGGCCCAGAAAUUGGACAAGCUCGGGAUGCGUGGCAGCGACACGUGCGAGCUCGUUUUCGAGGACUGCUUCGUACCCACGAGCAACGUCCUCGGCGAGGAGGGCCGCGGCGUCUACGUCAUGAUGAGCGGGCUGGAUCUCGAGCGUCUAGUUCUCGCGGGCGGGCCUGUGGGGCUGAUGCAGGCGUGCCUAGAUACCGUGUUACCGUACGUGCACAGUCGAGAGCAGUUUGGGAAGCCGAUCGGCGAGUUCCAGCUAAUGCAGGGGAAACUAGCGGACAUGUAUACGACGCUUCAAGCGUCAAGAGCGUUUGUCUACUCCGUCGCAAAGGCUUGCGACGAGGGAAAGGUAGAUAGGAAGGACUGUGCGGCAGUCAUUUUAUACUCAGCCGAGAACGCCACGCAAGUUGCUUUGCAGGCCAUUCAGGCCCUCGGCGGAAAUGGCUACGUGAACGAGUAUCCCACCGGGCGCCUUUUGCGGGACGCCAAGCUAUACGAGAUCGGGGCUGGCACGAGCGAGAUCCGGCGCAUGCUCAUAGGGAGGGAGCUCUUCAAAGAGAGCAGCUGAGUUGCUUGGCUGAUAGCACAGUAUGCUGUACCAUACACUUGAAACGGUGUUGCCAGGCGCCAUGCGAGACUAGGUUCGACUUUGUAAACAACGAGCGAGUUAGAACCUGCUAAUAUGCUGGAGUUUGAUGAGCCGCGCUUGGCUAGUACCAUAUUAUUACCCCAGCGUGUAAGUGUUACAAUUCAGCUUCCUAAUGUCAACCUGGCUGUAGUUCUUAAGGAAGGCCAGCAUGAACGCGACGCACUUUUUGUAAGCUAGCUGGGAGGUGCAACAAUUCAUCGAGAAUAUCUUCACUCUUUUUAUACAUUCCUACAUCUUGC